GUAUUCCUCCAGCAAAACAUUGGCUGAGUUGGGUUGAUAGGAUGGUGCAAACUGACAUAUGUUAGACAGUAUUUUCAUUGAUGCAAACGAAUUACUAAAAGCUGACAAGCAGACGGAGGCAACAUGAGCAAGCCCUUAGAACCAAUACUUUUCUCAACCUGCGAGGCUGGGUUGAGUAAAAAUAAUGCUGGCAACAGCUGCGUGGAUUUUUCGGUCGCUGUGGUUCUUCCAGCCGGGGGCUCUGGAGAGAGAACAGGACUGCAAACACCGAAACAGUUCUGCACAUUUCUCAACAGACCCCUGUUAAGUUACACAGUUCAAGCUUUUGAGAGGGUACCAUGGAUAGAAAGCAUUGCCGUUGUGGUUUCCAAGGAGAACCUCGGUUUGAUGAUGGACAUUAUACAGAAGUUUCACCACAGGAAAGUCAAAGUGGUGCAUGGUGGAUCUACUCGCCACAGAUCUAUAUUUAAUGGAAUCCAAGCCCUCUGUGAGGGAAAAGAUGGGUCAGCUGUCAACAAGCCAAAGGUGGUUAUUAUCCAUGAUGCAGUACGACCCUUUGUGGAGGAGGACUUCCUACUCAAGAUAGCAAUGGCUGCCAAAGAACAAGGGGCAGCUGGUGCCAUACGUCCUCUGGUGUCCACAGUGAUUGCUACCACCCCUGAUGGCUAUCUGGACCACUCCUUGAAGAGAGCCAAGUACAGAGCCAGCGAGAUGCCCCAGGGUUUUCUCUAUGAUGUUAUCUACCAGGCCUAUCAAAGGUGCAGCCAGUCUGACUUUGAGUUUGGUACAGAGUGCCUUGAUCUGGCUCUGCAAUACUGUGGCACUAAUGCCAAGCUCAUUGAGGGGCCUCCAACGCUAUGGAAGGUAACCUACAAACGAGAUCUAGCUGCUGCAGAAUCCAUUAUCAAAGAUAGCCUAUCCCAGUCUGCCUGUGUUAUCACAGGUGAGUCGACACAAGCUAGAGACAUGGCCAAAACACUACAGAAGAUAGUGGGAGCUUUGGAAAUGCAAGUUGAUGUUAUUCCAGACCUACUUGGAGACAAUGCCAGGUCCAUGGCAAAACAAUGGAACUUCAUCCAAAUUUCUGUAAACAAUUUUUUCCUGUCAGAAGUUGAAGAAAUUAUCCGGGCUUUGGAAGAGAGGAACCAAGCACUACUAUAUCCAGUGGUCAUUAUUUGGGUGCAUUUAAACGUGUCAGAGGGCUUGUCCAACAGCAAGAACAUGGAAGAGCCAGAGGGCAUGAUGGAGUUUGGCAGAGGAGCCAAGCUCAGAAAUAUCUUACUGUAUGGCAUCCAGCUUCAUCACUCAAAGGAGGUAAAUCACUGGGAGCAGUUAGUAGGAAGAAUGGCUGAGAUCAUAUGUGCUCUGAUCCAGGACAGAAACCCUGCCCUGACUGGACAGCUGCUGAAGGUGUAAGCAGCUACCAGGAACACUCUCACUCAACCCCACCCUGGACCCACCUACACACACCAGGACCCAGGAACACUCUCUCACUCAACCCCACCCUGGACCCACCUACACACACCAGGACCCAGGAACACCCUCUCACUCAACCCCACCCUAGACCCACCUACACACACCAGGACCCAGGAACACCCUCUCACUCAACCCCACCCUGGACCCACCUACACACACCAGGACCCAGGAACACCCUCUCACUCAACCCCACCCUGGACCCAGCUACACACACCAGGACCCAGGAACACUCUCU